GAUGAAGUAGAUAUAGAACCUGUGGGAAGUGCAGACACUGUAAGCUUGCUGCGCAGGUCGCGCAACUGUCUGUUAGAGUUACCUGUGACAUGCCGUCGAGUGUCACAUAAAGCCCACAAAACAGCCAUCCCAGGAUAUAAACACUGCUUUUCGACAGAGGGAUCUUCACAAUGCGCCGCUGAUCUUUAUUCUGCCUGUAUCAUAACAUCGGAGUUCACUUUUUUUGCAUUUGUGUCAGGCUGUCGAACCAACAACAUUUACGUACAAAUAAUUUCUUCUCCAGUCAUUCAUAAAAAAGGGGGGAAAGUGUAAACAUCAUGAGCAGGAAAACGCGACGUUGGAUUUUCCAUAUUUUCCUUUGCCUGGGAAUUGUGUAUAUGAAAAUUGGGGGCUUUUCGUCGGUGGUUGCGCUGGGAGCGAGUAUAAUCUGUAACAAAAUUCCCGGGUUGGCUCCUCGUCAACGGACUAUCUGUCAAAGCCGACCAGAUGCUAUCAUAGUGAUCGGAGAGGGAGCCCAAAUGGGGAUCAACGAGUGCCAGUUCCAGUUCAAAAACGGACGCUGGAACUGCUCUGCGCUCGGGGAGAGGACCGUCUUUGGAAAAGAGCUGAAAGUGGGCAGCAAAGAGGCCGCCUUCACCUACGCCAUCAUCGCCGCCGGCGUGGCGCAUGCCAUCACUGCAGCCUGCACGCAGGGCAACCUGAGCGACUGCAGCUGCGACAAGGAGAAGCAGGGCUUCUACAACCAGGAGGAAGGCUGGAAGUGGGGGGGCUGCUCGGCGGACAUCCGCUACGGUCUCAACUUCUCCAAGGUGUUCGUGGAUGCGCGGGAGAUCAAGCAGAACGCCAGGACUCUGAUGAACCUGCAUAACAACAGGGCUGGACGGAAGAUCCUGGAGAAAAACAUGCGGCUAGAAUGCAAGUGUCACGGUGUGUCGGGCUCUUGCACCACCAAGACUUGCUGGACCACGCUGCCCAAGUUCCGGCAGCUGGGUUACAUCCUGAAGGACAAGUACCACCAGGCAGUGCACGUGGAGCCGGUGCGGGCCAGCCGCAACAAGCGACCCACCUUCCUCAAGGUCAAGAAACCCUACUCCUACCGCAAGCCCAUGGACACAGACCUGGUCUACAUCGACAAAUCACCGAACUACUGCGAGGAGGACCCGGUGACAGGCAGCGUGGGCACGCAGGGGCGCAUCUGCAACAAGACGGCGACGCAGACCAACGGUUGCGACCUCAUGUGUUGUGGGCGCGGCUACAACACGCACCAGUACUCGCGCGUCUGGCAGUGCAACUGCAAGUUCCUGUGGUGCUGCUAUGUCAAGUGCAACACAUGCAGCGAGAGGACAGAGGUGUACACGUGCAAAUGAACACCUGCGCGCGCUGGCGGGGUUGCUCCUCACUCGCGUGCCUGCGUCGCGGGAAAACGGGAGAAGAGGAAUCGCUUGCACGUGAUCGCACCGCGUCUGGUCCCGGGGUGACGCACCUCGAUCCUGAACAAGCCAGAAACUGGUUACCCUGGGAAUCGGAAGACGGACGCUGCUGUUUGCGUGAUUUGCUGAGGAUGAGUCGAUGCAGCAGUCUGAUGGAUCGACAGCACGACCAUCAAUCCUGACACGAGACUGUGGGCUCACACACAUGCUGGAGGUCUCGUACUCUGGGCUACACAGCCUUAGACGGGCCUUUGGGCCUUCCAGCGUUCAAACUGAACCUUCAGUUGCGGACCCCCUGUUUUGUCUACCAGUUACUAAUUUUCAGCGCAUGUACGUAUGGGACAUGUGAGGAGAAGCUGUAUAUUUUCUCGGCAUGAACUAAACAAAGCACGUAAUUGUGAUAUUUAACUUUUUAUUUAGAUGCAAAAAAACCUAAUAUUAAUUUAUUUAAGGAAACUACUGAUUCUAUUUUCGUUCCUUUCGAUACGAGACUUUUCUAAACUGAAUAGAGCGUUUUCUCUCAAGUGUUUGCUGAUGGAAACCGAACAAAGACAGUAUCAACAAACGAAAGGCAGCAUCGCAAUCUUACAAACGAGCAAGACACUGGAUAUGUACAUAAAAAAGACCUUUAUUACUACUGUAAUAUAAUGUGGUGGCAAAUAGUAUUGUUACAGGUCUAACUGGUAAUGCUUAGAUUUUUCUAGAAACAUUCUUCCAUUCUUUCCCUCUGUAUGCUGCUAGUUGUCUGGAAAAUCGAACUGGCUGUGAUUUAUAAACAGAAAAAUAGACUUUGUUACUUGGCAACAGUAACUCAAUGCUAAUUAUUUUUUAAUGACACCAGAAGCAAAGCUGAUCAUUCAGACUAAUUUCCCUUUCCUGGGAAUCCUUAGUUCAGAGAGUAUAUUUUGUAAGAGAUUAUUUUUAUAUGAAUAUUUUAUUUAUAUAAUUUCAUCUUGUAUAAUUCAGUAUCACCCUGAUCCCUUCCUUAAAACUAUUACUACGGUGAGUUUCAAAGAGCAUUUCACAAAGCACAGCCUUACAUUUACACAUGAACUGGUUUUGUCAUGUGCUGUGAAGCAUUCGUUGGACCUGCUGAGGCUGUACUGUAAGUGUGUACAACUUCGCUUGUUUACCUUGAAACAGAAGAUCACGCAAUAAAUGAACAGGGUAUGUGGUAAUGAUUGGCGUGAUAUCAACACUAUCUUCAAAAAAGUCCAAAACAAGCAAAUAAACAUUUAAAAUUUAAAAUUUCAGUAUUAGCUUUCAUCACUGUCUAGAGAACAGUAAAAACUUGCUAACUGAAUAUUUGGGGAUAACAUUGUGUGACCAAAGAAAAAUAAAUAUAGAACAUUUUUGAGUGAAAGAAAUUCAGACGCAGACAUUUUUUAUGUUUACCUAAUUUAUACUCAUAGAAUUUGAUUACAAAUAUAAUUUGCCGCCACCCAUCCCACAACACGCUUGAAAUGUCCUUGUUUCAAACAGUGUUAAUAAAAGUCAGCUCGACAGUAUCAAAAUUUUCUUAUCCUCAAUCAUAAUGUAAUUAGCAAAGUACCUUACCACAGUAAGUGGCAAUGAAUGGUUUCUAAAUUGUUUCCCGUUCUGAAAUCGCUGGGUGGCUCGCUUACAGCUCGCACAAAUUUAUUUAACACUGUGGAGAAAGGUUAACAUUUUCAUUAAUUGACAUUAACAUUGUUAAUGUGCUUGGUCAAUAAAAAGUGAGAAAAAUG